CUUUUACAGAAAUCCUGCAACGUGUAAUUUAAAUUUCGAAGCGCGUGAAGUGAUCACAUGACUUACGCGUCGUGAAACUCCGCUGUCACUUGUCACAGUACACUGCUGUAAACAACGAAAUUUGCACCUUGACCUCCACCUUCCUCCCCCUCUCUUCACUUUUUGGAUACUGCAGCUCGCGCUCCCGCUCUUUUCUCGUCAUUCAGCUAUUCCAGCCCUCGCCUCUCAGAGGGCAGUGUCCUUUAUAGUAUCUUAGCCAGUAUGGAUUCAGUGUCCACCACACAAACUACCGCAGUGGAGGCCCGUCCUUCUUUCGUGCCAUCUCUGUCAUUUUCAGGGUCUUCGUCGACCGCGUCAGUCUCAAGACCAUUAAAACGGCACUUAACAUCAGACCUCGACUUCCUCGCUCCUGCAGCGGCAACCUUCAAACCACACCCUUACUCUCCAGCCAAUCUGACAAAUUCUAAUCUUAUUGGCUCUCGCAAUCGGUACUUACACAGUACGCGUCAGCAAAACCGCGCCUCCGCUACUUCGCCCCCUCUCACUCUUGAUGUCUCCGAGAAAGAUCCUGAUGCCGUAUUCAUUCGCCCGCCUUUUGACUCCUUCCCAGGUGCAGAUACGUUUCCGGAAGGCCUCACUUACACUUUGAUGGCUGACCAUCCCGACUGGUUCCUUGACCCCAAAGACUACCUGCCUCUAGAGGGACCCGCUUUCAAACCAGACGCUAUUCCUUACCCUCCAUACUUGGAGCCACCUCGAGGGUGGUGUCCAGCCAAGAAGAGAGACCUGAAGGAUAAAGGACCUGAUGGUUGGGCUGAAGGCGAAGAGCCGCGUCUUCGUUGCACUUUCUGCAGGCGACACUAUGCUGGUGUAAACGCCAAGAGUAUGUGGAGGAGGCACGUUUUUGAAAAGCACAAAGUCGCCAUGUCAAAUCGUCGUGAAGGGUGUGAGCGUCCCCGUGGACGAGGCUCUACUAAGGAAAACAGGCAACCAGGAACCCUUAAAGAAAAAACCCUCGAUAACGUUAUUGGCAUGGAAGUUGCCCCUCAGACAAGUACGCGCAAUACUACACAUAAGUCUAAAUUCCAUUCUCUGCCGCCUGUGUUGCGCAGCCAGAAAGACGCGCCGAUUCUCUCAUCAGCUGAUAAUGCCACUACCUCACGGCCCUCUCGUUCACCACCGUCGACGCCUCCCCCACUGCCGUCGUCUGAUGCGUUGGAAACAACUUGUUUAUCGCCUUGUCCCGCACCUUAUCCGUCGUCUCCUUAUGAUCCCUCCUUGACACCCUCAUUCCGUCAUUGCUCUCCUAGCCCGCCCUCUGAGCACCCUUGGAGAUAUCCCAGUCCUAGCCAUCCUCUGUAUUCACGACAGUGCGAAAUAUCCCUGAGCGAUCUACGCUCUCCAAUUGCCAAGAAAGGCAUCCAGAAUGGUGCCAGUCCUAAGACUGGUACACCGGAAGCAUCACUGCGUAAAUUUGGUCCCCUUGUAGCUCAGGCUUUGGACUCUGGUCCUUCUCUGCCGCUAUCUUCCCCUUCCUCUCUGAAGGGGCUAAAUUCGCCAUUGACUGGUUCGGCGAGGCCCUGGCGCCCCCCGUUCCAAUCAAAUUCUCCCCUUGCAUUGAGCACCCACCUGACACAGCACCACAACUUAACCAUCUCCGCAGAGGACUGGUUUCCAAGGUUCGAAGACUCGCUGAUAUCAACAAUUGAGUCGCCAGCAGAAACAUCAAUCGAGUUCACUGGCGAAAGCCCAAUAUUAAGAAGUCGAACACUUCCCCAACAUGCAGGAAUAGGUUUGUUGGACCCUUUCACAUUUCUCAGCGAUCCUUCGCAUGGAGAGGAUGAUGAUGAAGCCGAAGUGGAGGAGGCGCUCAUCGCGGCCAGUCAGUCCCCGGCGGAAAACAACUCCAGGGACCCAUCUCCGCCUUUCAAAAGAAGAAAGCUUGUUGAUGUUUUUGGAUGAAGGUAGUUGGUUUCCCGAACCUCUUUUGUUUUGAUCUUCUGCUAUCCAUGUUAUCCCGCGUCUACUCUAAUAUCUCUCAAAUAUUGUUCCUUUUCUGUUGUCGUUUUCCAUGUCUUUCAGCCUAUUUAUUACCUUUGAUCUGUUGCCAGUGCCAUGGUACUGCAGGCUGUCCAUAUGCAUGAACCAUUACUUGUACGUACUUUUCUGCGUCUAGCUGUACCGCUAUCAUGUAACUAUACUGUAAUCAUGGAAUUGUCUGUAAGAUAGAACAAC